AUGGGCUUCACGGAUCUUUUUUCCAGGGGUCCUUCCAAACGCCGCUCCCGAUAUUCAUAUUAUGAAGAAGAUGAGCCACUGUCUCCAUCAAGUUUGAUUGCUUUCCAGGCUGCCAAUUCGGCCACCACCAAUUCCAGACUAAGCUCUGUAACGUCAAACUCUUCUGCCGCAGCAGCAGCCGCUGCUUUGAGACGUAGCUACUACGGGAGACCUCCUGUGUUGGGAGCAAAUAACAGUACACAGCAACGUACCAUGUCUAUGAGUUCCAGAACUCUUCGAAAGCCUUCUGCUGUAGCUGGUCCUCGCUAUACCACCGGUGGAAGAACCAUGUCACUUCAAUCUGGAUACAGUCCAUAUCUGCGACGAGGUAUUGGAAUGGAGAGACAGGGAAGUUCCAGAACAAACUCAAUCACCUCGUCUAAUUUGCGUCCUGGGCGUACCAAUUCUCUUCUUUCACAGUCUUCACGAGGCUCUACAGGUACUACAGCCACCACUACCACCACCACCACAACCAAGAAAACUACUGAUGCUAAUGGUCAGUUUCAUACUACAGUAGUUAGGACCACCAAGGAACAGGAUUAUGAGGGAAGAACCAAAUCCAUUACAAAGACAACAGUUCAAAGACGAGGAGAUUUGGAGAUUCUUCAUACUACGGUAGUUAAACCUGCAUCUACUGUCGCGGCAGGCAAGUAUCAGGGCUCUUUAUUUAGUGCGAACCAAGAGGAGGAGCUUGCAGGUAUUGAGGAGGAGUUUGAUGAGGAUUUCACCCAGCAAUUGGACGAAUCCCCUCAGUUUUCAGAUCAUUUUGAUGAUGAUGUUCUACCGAAGAUUCAGCCACAACUUUUAGCUGUCCGGGAAGUCCAGACGCCUCAGAAGACCUCAGCUGAGCAAACUGUACUACUGCCGGCCAUUACUACCAUUGCUUCUGAGGAACCUCAUGGUUUGAUCACACCUUCCAAUGGUCUUCCCUCACCUUCCUCAAGUGCUUCCCAUGAGUACCGAAGAUUAAUAGGUACAGCUCCAAUGAUCCAUAAACCACAUUCACAGAUAGCCUCUCCAAGGAAAUCCAUUUUGAAACAUUCUGAAAUUCCAUUACCAGACUCUAAACCUAAUGGUCUUUUGAUAAGUAAGAAAGAACCAGACUCUGGUGAAUCGCCAGUUUUCUCGAUUGAUACGGAGGAUGCCGAUUCCAUCUAUGUGGAUGCACCAGAAGAUGAGAAAAAAGUGAGGAUCCCUGAAAAAUACACUGAAACAAUUCCUAUUAGGCCUGUGGAGACAACCAAGUUUCGUCUGACUCCAGAAGAGAUGUAUCAAGAGGCAAUAAGAGUAGCUGAGCGAAGAGUUUAUGGUAGUAGGAAAGCAGAGGAAUCAAUGAAUGGUGGUAUCGAUGAAGCCACCAAAAGGAAUACCAUGAUAAAUGCAGAAAGUCGAUCUAGCACUAUGAGUUCACAUCCCAGAAGCCCUUUGCAGGGAGUAUACCAAGGAAAUGGUAACGGAUUUGCUGUUCAUUCACUACGAGAUCCGCCAAAUUUGAGAAAGAUAAAGAAACUACGGAAAAAAGAGGCCAGAUUAAAAGCUGAGAAAGAGGCCAGGGAAACAAAGGAAAGAGAAAGAGAGGACAAGAGAAUAAUGAAAGAAGAGGAGAAGAAAUGGAAGAACAAGCAAAAGGAAAUAGAGAAGAGUGGACAAAGAUCCAUAUUUAGUGCUACCUCUUCCGAAUCAAAGACAAAGCGUCUUAGGGGGCUUUUUAAAUUUGGAAAAAACAAGCAUAAACAAGUGAUUGAGGUGAAGAGGGAGAUGACAUUUAGAUUACCCGAUGAGUCGGUAGUUAAUAAUGAAGGGGAAGUUGAGCAAGUAAAGUCGAUUGAACAGAACACAGAAAAAAUGAAACCCAUCAGUCAGACAGUCAAGCCGAAGAUUGCGUCAGAGGUUGGGUCAGAGGUUGGGUCAGAGGUUAAGCAGAUUACACCGGAGGUCAAACGGACUACACCUGAGGUUGAGCCCGAGGCUAAGCAGAUUACACCCGAUGUUAAACAAACUACACCUGAGGUUAAACAAACGACACCUGAAGUUAAGCCUACACCUGAGGUUAAGCCUGAGGCUAAGCAGAUAACGUCCGGGGUUAAACAAACUACACCUGAGGUUAAAUCUGAGGUUAAACAAACGACACCUGAAGUUAAGCCUACACCUGAGGUUACGCCAGAGGUUAAGCAGAUGACGUCCGAGGUUAAGCCUGAGCCUAAGCAGAUGACGUCCGAGGUUAAACAAACUACACCUGAGGUUGCUAUUGGUCCUAAAAAAAUACACCCUGAAACUACACCUAUGGAUCUGUCUGCAGAUAUGAAGUCUCGAAGAACAGAAACUUCAGCAAGUCCAGAGGUAUCAAAGUACGACACCGGAAAACACGUGCUUGGACGGAGAUUUAUGAAAUUCUUUAACCUAUGA